GCCACCUGCGCCGCGUUGCCAAUCGUUACUAAAAUGCCGGGCGUCUGCACGGCGAUUUCAGUAUCGCGCACGUGGCGCCGCCGGAUAAACAUUGCUGAUUGGUCCGCGGACGCCGUAUAAUCUACCACCGGCAACGAAUCUGUAGCAGAAAUGCCAGCCCAGACGGCCACGCUUGGAGUGUGGGACUACGUGGUACUGGUGGCGAUGCUGAUCAUAUCCAUGGGGAUCGGCGUCUACUACCGCUUCACAGGCGGCCGCCAGAAGACCACUCAGGAGUACCUGCUGGGCGACCGCAGCUUGGGGGCGGGGCCUGUCGCCUUCUCGCUGAUGGCCAGCUUCAUGUCGGCCAUCACUCUGCUCGGCGUCAGCUCCGAGAACUUCGUGUACGGCGCGCAGUUCAUCGCCAUCAACCUGGGCUACGGGCUGGUCACCCCUGUGGCUGCCUACCUCUUCCUGCCCGUCUUCUUCCGCCUUCAGGCUGCCAGCGCCUACCAGUACCUGGAGAUGCGCUUCGGCGUGGCGGCCCGGCUGUGCGCGAGCGUCGCCUUCUCGCUGCAGAUGGUCCUCUACAUGGGUAUCGUACUGUACGCGCCCGCUCUCGCCAUCCGCGCGACCACAGGCCUGGACGAGAACGCCUCCAUCCUGGCCGUGGGGCUCAUCUGCACCUUCUACUCCACCAUCGGCGGCAUGAAGGCCGUCGUCGUCACCGACGUCUUCCAGUCUCUAUUAAUGUUCGCAGCAGUGUUCCUGGUCAGUAUUAAAGGUUCCAUUGAUGCAGGAGGCUUCGACAAGGUGUGGGAGAUAGCUGCCACUGGGGGCCGUGCAGACUUCUCCAGCAUUUCUGCUGACCCCACGGUGCGCCACACGUGGUGGUCGCUCAUCAUUGGUGGUGGCUUCACCUACCUGUGCCUGUAUGCCGUCAACCAGACGCAGGUUCAGAGGCUGCUUUCUACCAGGGAUCUGGCAACGGCACAGCGCGCCCUCUGGUGGUCGUGGCCGGUACUUAGUUUGCUCAGCCUGACCACCUCGUUCGCUGGCCUGGCUAUGUACUCCUACUACUACACCUGUGACCCACUCACCAGCAAGAGGAUCGAGAGGCUAGACCAGCUGAUGCCGUUGUACGUGGUGGACACAAUGAGCGGCAUGCCGGGCUUGCCGGGCCUCUUCGUCGCUGGCAUCUUCAGUGGUUCCCUGAGCACCGUCUCGUCGGCCGUCAACUCUCUGGCUGCCGUCACACUGGAGGAUUACUUUAAGCCACUGUACGUGCGGUACCGGGGCCACCCGCUGGCGGAGUCGCGGUCGCCGCUUGUGGGGAAGCUGCUGGCACUGGCGUUCGGACUGCUGUUCCUGGGACUGGCCUUCAUGGCGCAGUUCCUGGGCGGCGUGCUGCAGGCCAGCCUCACGAUAUUCGGCGCCGUCGGUGGGCCCGUGCUCGGCUUCUUCACGCUCGGCAUGUUCCUGCCCCACGCCAACGAGCCGGGUGCCAUAACGGGCCUGGCCACGGGGCUCGCCUUCUCCAUGUGGGUCGGCUUCGGCGUCCCCCGGCCGGACGCAGUAAGGCUGCCCACCAGGACGGACGGCUGCGACUUCAACGUUACUGCGACACCGCCGCCGCCCACCCGGGACCCCAGUGAGUACUUCUACCUGUACCGUGUGUCGUACCUGUGGGUCGUCGUCCUGGGAUUCCUGCUGACACUCAUCGUGGGCUCCGUCGCGUCGUGGGUGGUGGGCAUUGCCUGCAAGGGGGACCGCAGUGUGCCGCCGCCAGACCCCGACCUCUUCGUGCCGCCAGUCCGGAAGGCGCUGCUCGCGAGGAGAGGACGCAGAGGCUCCAACCCGGUGCAGCUGACACGUGUGGCCGGUGACCUGUCCAAUGGUGUGGGACCAGCUGCAGACACCAAGAGCCAGGAGGAGCCACUCAAUGGCGUAGGUGGCCACCACGUCACCCCAAUGUGAUGUCGACAGAGUACAGUGGGGACUGCUGUGAGCUUAAAGGUGCUGAUCUGUGGGUUCCCAGCCUGAGACAUUCCAGCCUUCUCUACAGAGGCUGCAACAACUCAGUCUAUUUAUUUUCUAGUUUUGUAAAAAAGGAAAAAAUUAUAAACACUCAGUAUUCCUCAGUUUGUAAUAGCUGUGCUUUUUAUUCUCAGUUCUCUUCUGUUCAGCUGAAUUGCUGCAAAUAAUGAAGUGCUGCAAAAUCAGUUUUAUAGGUGCAUGAAGUCUCAACAGAAGCAGCCAAAGAGAGUGGGAGAGAUUAUAUGAGGCAGAAAAAUUUUGCUGAAGUUAACUGGUGAUGCAAUACUGUGCAGUGUAGAAACUUUCACAAAUGUAACAUUUCAGUGGACUUAUUAAAUAUGGGCAGUUGCUCACCUGGUAAACUGUGAGCAAAAGUAUGACAAUAAUUAUUACAAUAUUGGAAAAAGUUCUGACCAGGAAAUCAGUAAUCGUGUGAUGAAGAACAAUACUACAGAAGGGAGGAGGCAUUGGAUGGUGUAAAGAUGGCUGAAUAAUAUUAUUGAAUGGCAUAGAAAAGAUACCUCCAAAAUAAAACUAGUUGCCUAUAAAAGGUCACAGAUACAGACCAAUCACAAAAUUUGCACAUGUACAUUUUCCAUCAUAUUUGCUGCACUGUAAUUAUUUUUCUAGAGCACAUUGCACUUUAGAAGAAUCUGUCUUGUCUUGUGUGUAUGGGUUCCUUGCCAAAGAAAAUUUUUUGAAGGUUAAAACCAUUUUGCCAUUUCAGCUUAUUUUUUUUUUUUUUUUUUAAUAUGAAUGUUUCGUUGUUUCAUCAUUAACUCACCCACUGUCAGCUGAUUUUUGGCACCUGUAUUAAAUUCAGUAAUUCAAAAUCAAGCUGCAUCUGUACUUCACUCUUUUGGAUAACACGCCAGUUUAAAUAGAACUCAAUACAACACAUUGCAUUCCUAUCUGUAUAAGUUCAGCAGUGACAGAAGUGGUGCAAACACAUAUUGCAUAAAUGGCAAAGAAAUCAACAAAUAUGGUAUUUAUAAUGCGAGUUCAACUUGUACCGUGUAAAAAGAAUUUAGUGGUAAACAUGUUUUUCAUCCAUUCAUUCACACAUUUAGUUCUGGCUCCACAUUAGGGGUAUGGAGUGGGUUAAAGUAUUCAUUGAAAGGUGUGGGUAGAGACAUGAAAUUUGUCGAACAUUGGCUGUUGUGUUAUCCCUGCUUUUUCUAAGACAUCUUUACUGUGAUGACAAGUUCCAUUGUCUGUAUUCGAGCUUUACUGCUGGUUUUGUAAAGCUCCACAACUUACCUGGUUAAUCUGGUUGACUCCAUUCUUUUAACAUCCCACAGAAGUUUAGUGCAUAUUUUUACAUGUGAAGAAGUACUGAUCUAAUUUAGAAUCUCCUUGUUUGCUCCUUCAUCCAUCCUUUUUUUUAACAAAAUAAUUUGUGAUUACUUUCUUCUCUUCUAUAUUUCCUCAGUGCUCUUUGCCCAUUUUAAAUACUUUGUCAGUGGGCUACAUCCAUACUGUUUUCAAAACUAGUUCCUAGAACAAUUUAUCCAAAUAUUUGACUCGAGAAACACUUAAUUGUUUUGUAUUUAGUUUCUAGAAUUAUUUUUGGCAGAAUGUAGUUGGACAUUAGCAACAUUAUUAUUUUUUAAAAUGAAAUUACUGUUCUUAUCAUACUACUAGCUGCUGUUUUUAUCUAAUAGUUUUGUGUAAAUUUGCACAGAACAGUGUCAGCUGCCUACAGAACAUUAAAGUUAAAGCACAGUUUAACAUAUACGGUCAUGAUAUUCAUUGCUGUAGGAACUGUUACCGUCUGCAAGCUGGAACAACACUAGUGCACAUUGCAGCGAGAAAGCCUGCAGGGUUAUUGCUUUUGGCAUUUUAUUGUAAUGUCUGUGUGGUUUCACCUUCAGCUGCAUCUGUGGAGGCAUAUGUAGUACAUUAAAUAAUGCAGGUAUUGCAUUCCAAACAGCUUUCCUACAGUACAUAUUCCCUGAUUUGAUUAGAACUGUAAUGAAAAAGUUAACAUUGUUGAGUAGAUACUCAAAAUGGGUGUCUUUCUGCAAAAAGUCAGUUCUUCUGCUGUUUACUAGUACUUUUUGUUCUUGAGACUAACCCAAAACAUCUCUCAAGUAUGUAACAAGAAACAUGUCUCCUAAAGCUUGAAAUAUUGUUAUCACAUAUCCCCACAUUAGCUGACAAAAACUAAGUGAAUAGUCAACUGUUUCAUAUUACGAGUAGAGACAAUACUAUUGAGAACUUACAGUAUUCAAAAUUAAUACAAAACAUAUGUGUAGUCAUUUAGUAAGAAUCUUGAAAUGAUUUAAUAUUGUGACAUCAAUCACAAUGUUCAUGAGUAUAAAUGAAAGAUUGCAGAAAAUGAAAACAAAAGCAAUUCAGAGAACUUUUUCAUACUCACUGCACAUGUUCCAAUUGCAUUCCAUUAAUGUGGGCUGAGCACGAUUGAUGCACUUAUGAGACCACCAGUUCUUUUUUUUUAUGCUGGGUACUUUAUACACAUCUUCUUCUUUUCCAUUCUAUCAUUUGGUAUGCCUCUAAGGUGUCAUCAAAUAAAUUCUCCUGUGUUUGAGAUUUAAUAGGCAUUUGCACCAAAAUUCGAUUUUUGCUUUUAGUAGAACCAUUCCUCUUUCGAAAAUAUUAUGCUGAGCUGUUUUUCUUACUGUAACAGACCGAAUGUUUCUACUUGAAAUUAUCUUUGCCAUAAAAUUACUGUGUUUGCUGUAAGUAAUUAGCUGUGGUACAAUUCACAGCAUUGAUUGUCUUCCCCAGUAUCACUCCUGUUUCAUGGCGACCAUCAGCUACUAAAGUCAGAAUCGGCAUUAGAAUCACCAAAAAUGUUAUUGUUUUUCCCAUUUUCCUCUUCGUUUUCUUUGGUUCAACUGCAUAAAUCUUAUUCUUCUUAGAAAGUUGCUGCAUGCUGAAGCCAAAAAUAGCAAAUUCACACAUACAAUAAAAUGCUAUAAAAUAAGAAUAUCCAAGAUAGCAACAAAAAGCAAAAUAUGUAGUACCUAGAAACAUGCAGUGUAUUGGACCUACCUAAUUAUUACACAUAAUGUGAAACGUGGUCACACAGGCACUCAAUUUUGCACUAACUUUUAAAUAAUAUGUCUUAUUGCUAGGCUGACAAAGUCAAGCUCAUUGUUGAAUGUUGCUUCACACGCCACAUGUUUUAGAAUGAAUGUCUAAAAUGAAUGAUGGGACUGAGAGACUAUUGUUUUGGGUUAAGGGUUAAAGAAAAAAAAACAUGCUUUAGCAAAUAUAAAUAAGGGAACUAUAAAUGAACUAUUCUGUAACGGACUGUUUUGUACCUCCCAAGGCCCUUAGAAAACUAAAGAAAGACAAAUGUGGUCUCGCUCACUCUUCCUUCUUUUUCUUUCUUAGUUAGUGCUUAUUUUUACAGCAGUACAUGAAGUUCCCUAUUGUAAAAACUGUUAGAAAUCAACAUAAAUGAUACUGUUUGCACUAGUCUGAUGCCAUAUUUGUAAAUGUAGCUUUCUGUUGCCUUGGAACACUGCUGUUGCAAUGUAUAACAAAAAUGAGUCGGAAUGUCAUGACUGUAUGUGUUAGACCGUAGUUAAACCCAACUAAUUAUCAGUGUUAGGGCAUUUAAAACUCCAUUGUUCUGAUAACCUUUAAGUGUGAUGGUACCACUGCACCUUAGUUUUGAAUAUUUGGAGAUUUCCAGUUCUCUACCUGAUGUCUGUUGGCAACCUUCCAAAAACAUUUUCACCAGAACAUAAAACUCAGUCCCAAAUCCCAGUCAGGAAUCGUAGUCUACAUGAAAAGCAUUUUUACUUCUAGUAUUUUAGCUGUUUGUCCUAAAUUCAUUAUUAUUUACCUCAGAUAAGACAAAAGAGUGAACAUAUGUUUAUCUGUUGAUGAUGGUUUUUCCACUUUACUCAAUAUUCUCACUAUAGACUAAGUACUUUUUUGGCCUCUGCUACUCUGCAACAGAGCCUGAAUUGGUAGUGGGUGUGGAUGUUCCCUAGAGUGGCUGCUUCUGCCUUGCGAUCCAUGACUCAUAUCAGCCUGCAUUGCUGGGAUUUACCAUACACAGUGUGUGAAUUAAUGAAUGAGUGAAGAUUGUGCCACAGGCCAACACUGAGUGAAAAUGUGUGAGGUACACUGUUACCAACCACUCAAAUUCCUCAGACUGUGUUCAUUUUCUACCACAAAACACAGUAAGUUUUGGACGCAAGUUGUGUUCAAAGAAUUCUGGCUGUGAUGGAAAACAGUGACAACAUUGCAUUGCAGACUUAAGUACAGAGCUGCAAAAAUUAGCCACAAUGUUUACUUCUUUACCUGUAUGCGCAUCCACUGCCUAGAACCUCUUCUGUAUCCUAUGUGGUUUUCUUUCUGUAUUCCACUGGUUAUAAUCCAUCGAGAACUGUCAUCACUUCAUAUUUUGGAAAUGUGUCAUAGGUAGCAACAGCAUCCAAUUAAAAGUCAGGCUGAUUUAUUUUUAAAUGUGAAGUAGUACAUCAUCCUCCACAAUUUGGCAUCAUCGCCAUCACAUCCCACAUGCCGUCAUCCCUUGCCCGGACAUCUUUCAAUAUAUAGCCCCUCUGUCUUUCAGUUGCAUCCUGUCUCUAAGUCUCUGGUAAUCUGUCCACUGGUUAACACUGUCUUCAGUUCCCACUGAGUGGCUACAGGAUUUGCAGGGGGUACACUAAUUGCACCACCAUUUAAAUAGGUGUGGGUUAAAAAACUAUCCCCAGUCAAAAAUAAACUUUUUCAAGAGAGUGGCAGAACCUGCUCAGCACACAGUUAAUGUCAGUUGUCAUAGUUGCUAACGAAUCUUCCAACUUGUGUGGUUAACAUUUUAGGUCUUGCAUUUUGUCCAUAGCUGUGUUUUGACAUCUUCAGAGAUGCUCCUGGUGCCACUUUGUUUUGCCAAAUGAAGAGUUAGGCAUUGGAACGAAAUAUAAAUACAAAUAUUUCAUAUACAGUGAUGAAAUUUUGUCCACAGCUAUAUAGAGAAGCCAUCGAAGUACCUAAAUACGUGGAUGAUUUUAAUGGAAAAGAAGCCAUGAGACUUAGUGGUAUGUGGAUUGAUAAAAAUAUUUAAUAAUGAACAUACAGCACUGGAAUUGUUACAGAUCAUAGCCCUCUAGACAACACAACUAUUCAACAUAGUUGCCAUGCAUUUAUACACAUUUGCACCAUCAUUAAAACCAAGCAUAAAAGCCAAUUUGAAAAAUAAAUAAAUAAAUAAAAAGAAAUCACACUUUUGCUUCUUAACCUAUUUUUGUCACCAUGUCUGUCACUGUGAAUCACUUCAUCAACACAUCCUCAAUUGACAUCUGUGACAUAUGUUGUUGGCUGGUGCAGCACUAUCUGUUUCUCUGUAACCUGACUCUUUCACGCAAUACCACACACAGCUGAUGUUGAGUGCAGCAUCACCACACGCUUGGUUCAUGGAUGACAUAAAAUCAGCUUUAAAACAGUGGGUCAAGAAGCAAAAUACUUAACUAUUCCCAACUGUCUUUGAUGCAUGUUUUAAACAAUGGCAUAGAUGCACUGUCACAAUUUUAAAUACCAGUGUUGUGCAGGGACACUUUGGUCAAUGAUCUGUACUAAUUCUGCUGUUCUUUGUCCACUAUUAAUUUUUUGAUGAACAGUAGCUCCAAAGAAUCAAAAGUUAAGUUUCAUCAUUGAUGGUGAUUAUGUCUGUCAAUCACAUUAAAACAUGUACCUUACCCCCUUUCACAAUAUUCGUGUCACAUGCCAGACCUAACUCUCAGCAAGACAUGGCAGAAUCAGAAGCAGCUGUGGAGAUAUCUGACUCUGCUCUAUAUGACAUGUCAGGGCCAAAAACAUUUGUGGACCACGAAAGUGCAACCCCAAACAUUUGCCAGCAAAUAAAAAUCUUCUCAAUCUUACUGUCUGCUGUCUCGUCUCCAUUACAUUUUGUAUGUUACUUCCUAAUCCUACUAGCAAUGUGCCUUUGGCAUCUCAAGUAAUGUAAUUUGUGUCCUAACAAAAAUAAAUAUUCUAAUAAAAUACAGUCCUCCGUGGUGAGUGCCUCUUAUCAGAAAAUAAUGCUUGGAACAUAUCAAAUUCCUAGAAAAACAAAAAUUACAUUAGAAAUGCAGAAAACUCUGCCAUUUAUGUCGCCUCCCAACUAGUGUUGUGAGACUCGCUCACUUCCAACUUUGGUCGAUUUUCUGCUUGUUCCAGAGCUUAAAAAUAAACAUAGUCUCGGCUGCAAAAAACUUUAUUUUUGUGGUUACCAGUUGCUGUCAGUCACUGACCACCUUCAGACCACAUAUAAUGCUGACAGGUGUUGGCAGAGAACAGAGCAGGCAUUACAAACUGCAUUAAUGUCAACUGCGAAGCUUUGUGGAGUACAUACCACCUACCAUCAGAUAGUAGCAGAAGGAAACUAGCAACCACAAAAAUAACGGUUCUUGUGGUCGACACUGUUUAUGUACAUUUUAAAGUAGUAAGGAAAACUACCGUUCAAGAAAAUUGUUCUAAAAAAUUACUGUACCAAAGCUAUCACUGUGUUGAAGUUUUGGGUUGAGAAAGGAGAGAUGAAUUUGAGGUGGGCUUCUGACUUAAUAAUUUCGAUCUCUUUCUGGUAAACAGUUGAAGAGAUUUCAUUUUGUUCCAGAGUGCAAUAGAUCUCGAAGAUAUGCCUAGCAGUUCUGGCACAGCUGCAUACAUGCUCAAUAUUUUGUGGUUGUCACGUUUUUUCACUGGGCAGGUGAAAGGCUGAUCUACAGCUUCCUCCCACAUGGAGGACUACUCUAUAUUACAGAUACUGAAGGGUACCGGAUAUUGUAUAGAGGAAGUAAUGACUGUAUCCUAGUCAUUUGGUACUAUGACAACUAGAUUCUUCACAAAGGAAAUUAAUGAGAAAUCCUGAUUUGGGGGAAAAAUGGCCUCUGUUGGGUUGAAGGUAAGCUAUGAUGAUCAGGUAGUGAAACAAUGAGUGACUUUGAACUCAUGCUAGAUUUCUCACAAAAAUAACCUGUGUCAGAUGCCAGAACCUCUUUCUGCCAUAAACUUUUUGGAGACAGGAUUUUUUUUUAACCACUCUAACUGUGGAUUAGAGAUGUAACUGGGUGAUGAAAAUUUUGUGUUUCAGCCCUGGCUACUGUGAUACUGGUUUUCUCAGAUGUACUUAAGGUGGGUCAUCUUCAAGGAUCUUAGGGACACAUUUAAACAUGAAAACCCUUCUUUUAAUGGCAGAAAAUGAGAUGAGUCCCUACUUGAGUGUACUGUGCUUGAGUUUGUUUCGAAUUAAUUAAUUCUCAAGGAAAAAAAAAAAAUAAAAAAUGGAAUAUUAAGUUUCAUAAAUAUUGUCACAAAUACUGGCAACUUACCCACUUUUAGCAGUUAUUUAAGACUGUCAUUACACUCUGCUGUUGCCCCUGGCCAUCAGUCCUCACUUUCAGUCUUCACCACCACCCAAUUGACACCCACUACUAAAUAAAAGCUGCCUCUUCACUUUGCCACACCUUACAAAUUUUCACCCACAUCCAUUCCUACUGCUGCUGCUUGUCAUUUUCUAAUCUCAUCCUCUUGUUUGUGUAGCUACAUGUCUCACCCACCUCCAUAUCAUUUUGUUGUCAUAAACAAGUUUCCUGUUUCCCAUUUCCCUCUGUUCCCUGACCCAUAUGUUGGCUUCCAUAUGUCUCCCACUAAUUCCCAGCUUCCAUGUGUCUCCCACUAAAUCCCAGUUUGCUUGCUGAGGAUCCUCCCAAUAUUUGAACAGAAUUCUCUUUAAAACUGCAGGUUUCACUCCAACUCCGUCUACCAACCUAUUAUACUACACUCAGUCUAAAACAGAGCAUUGGCUCAACAGAAAUGCAGUUAGCUGGAUCUUUGCCUGGAACUGUUAGCUGUUAUGUAGUGCUGUUACCAAACCGGGCAGUCUUGUGUUGCCGUACUUGUGUUUAUGUGAGUUCCGUUGAAAGGUGAGGACACAAGUGGCUACAACUCACGAGAAAGAUCCACUACUUUGCACUCCCAAGUCCUAAUUAUUACUGUAGGC